AUGGACAACGAAUACCGAAAUAUAAAGUUGCAAGCCUCUGCUCCUGGAGAGGAAGAGGUUCGAACGAACGUUGCUCAAAUUGGAGCAAUUGGGGUCCCGGGUCCGGCUGCUUCCUUUCCUCAUAAUGGUGCAACUGGGAACGACGCAAAAGUAGGUUCCGUACAGGAUGUUGAAUCACCGUCAUCAGAAAAUCCACAAGAAAGUACCCAAGUGGAAGCCCAAGCCCAAGUCGUCCGUUUUGGAUUCACUAUGAAACAAUGGAAGAUGGUGGGGGCGGCAUCUAUUCUCGUGCUUGUGAUUAUUGUCGCUGUGGUUGUAUUGAUAUCUAAUGGGGACCCAUUGAGUCAACCUAACAAUGGAAUUCCUCAAAGCACGUUUGCAAGUGACGGAAUUACCACUGGAACGUCCACUGUUGAUCCAACGCCAAUAGAAUACAGUCCGGUCUCUUCAUCACCAACUCGUGCACCAACUCCACAGCCAACCCCUUUCAAGAUUACACCAGUGACCCCGCAUCCAACUCAGGAAGGUCGAACUCCAACUCCUCCUCCAACUCGGGCCACCGGAGCCCCGACUCGCAGUCCAAGUCCCCCUCCAACGCAAACGAGCCCAGGGCCAACUCCUAGUCCAACUCCUCCUCCAACUCGGGCCACCGGAGCCCCAACUCCCAGUCCAAGUCCCCCUCCAACGCAAACAAGCCCAGGGCCAACUCCUAGUCCAACUCCUCCUCCAACUCGGGCCACCACAGCCCCGACUCCCAGCCCAAGUCCCCCUCCAACGCAAACGAGCCCAGCACCAACUCCUCCCCCGACAGCUUGGGUAAAUCCUAUUGUGACUCCUCGCCCAACAGCCAGACUGCCACAGACGUCACCCCCAACUACCCCACCCACUGCAAGUCAGGUUAUCAUGUCCAAUGACCAUUGUAUCCAUGCAUUAAAUAUUAUGUCGCUUCCGUUCUCAAUGGCCGAUACAACCGCUGGUUCGACGCCAGAUUUUGCCAUCGAGACCUGUAACAUUGGUUCAGAAGCUAGUGGCGUGUGGUACACUUAUACUCCGACUGAGACCAGGAGCAUCAGAGUCUUUGUCGAAAUCACCAGCGGGUCUACUAGAUCAUACAUUCGAGUAUUCUCUGGAGACGAUUGCGAUGCCCUCACAUGCCUCUUGUAUUCUGGCUUCUCCCCCUCCACCCGUGAUUCAAGCGCGACCUUUGUUGGACAAGCGGGUGUCACAUACAAAGUCCUUGUGUCCACAGCAUCAUAUACUCUUGGAAUAUCAUCAUACACGAUCACCGUACAGGACUAUGACUUGGAAAAUGACGCCUGUGAUGAUGCGAGAAACAUCGUUUCGCUACCCUACCAGCUAGCAGAUACAACCGUUGGAGCGUUGCCCGAUUUUGACAUUGAGACCUGUGGUAUUGAGGCAUCCGCUGGUGGUGUUUGGUACACGUAUACUCCAUCUGAGACUAGAAGUAUCAGGGUGUUUGUCGAAAUCACCAGCGGGUAUACUAGAUCAUACAUUCGAGUAUUCUCUGGAGACGAUUGCGAUGCCCUCACAUGCCUCUUGUAUUCUGGCUUCUCCCCCUCCACCCGUGAUUCAAGCGCGACCUUUGUUGGACAAGCGGGUGUCACAUACAAAGUCCUUGUGUCCACAGCAUCAUAUACUCUUGGAAUAUCAUCAUACACGAUCACCGUACAGGACUAUGACUUGGAAAAUGACGCCUGUGAUGAUGCGAGAAACAUCGUUUCGCUACCCUACCAGCUAGCAGAUACAACCGUUGGAGCGUUGCCCGAUUUUGACAUUGAGACCUGUGGUAUUGAGGCAUCCGCUGGUGGUGUUUGGUACACGUAUACUCCAUCUGAGACUAGAAGUAUCAGGGUGUUUGUCGAAAUCACCAGCGGGUAUACUAGAUCAUACAUUCGAGUAUUCUCUGGAGACGAUUGCGAUGCCCUCACAUGCCUCUUGUAUUCUGGCUUCUCCCCCUCCACCCGUGAUUCAAGCGCGACCUUUGUUGGACAAGCGGGUGUCACAUACAAAGUCCUUGUGUCCACAGCAUCAUAUACUCUUGGAAUAUCAUCAUACACGAUCACCGUACAGGACUAUGACUUGGAAAAUGACGCCUGUGAUGAUGCGAGAAACAUCGUUUCGCUACCCUACCAGCUAGCAGAUACAACCGUUGGAGCGUUGCCCGAUUUUGACAUACAGACCUGUGGUGUCGAUGCAUCUGCUGGUGGUGUCUGGUACACGUAUACUCCACCUGAGACUAGAAGUAUCAGGGUGUUUGUCGAACGCACCAGCGGGUCUACUCGUUCAUACAUGCGAGUAUUCUCUGGCGAAGAUUGCGAUGCCCUCACAUGCCUCGUGUAUUCGGGCUUCACCUCCAACGGUGAUUCAAGCGCGACCUUUAUCGGACAAGCGGGUGUCACAUACAAAAUCCUUGUGUCCACAGCAUCAUAUACACUGGGAAUAUCAUCAUAUACGAUCACCGUACAGGACUACGACUUGGAGAAUGACGCUUGUGAUGAUGCGAGAAACAUCGCUUCGCUACCCUACCAGUUAGCAGAUACAACCGUUGGAGCAUUGCCCGAUUUUGACAUACAGACCUGUGGUGUAGAUGCAUCUGCUGGUGGUGUCUGGUAUACGUAUACUCCAUUUGAGACUAGAAGUAUCAGGGUCUUUGUCGAACGCACCAGCGGAACUUCAAGUUAUACUCUACCGUUCAUUCGCGUGUUUUCUGGAAACCAAUGUGGCGCUUUGGAGUGUCUUGGUAGUAAUGGAGGACGAGGCAGAUCUACCUCGUACACCUUUGUGGCUCAGGGCGGCGUCACCUACAAGUUUCUUGUAUCAACCGGAGUCUAUGGUCUUGGGAUCGCAUCAUACACAAUCUCGGUUGGAGAACAGCAGUAG